AUGUCGCUCUCCCAGCAAACUCGCCAGGUUUCGUUCUCCUCCUACUUGGUUUCGCCCGGGGAACUGAGCGAGGCUCUGAAGAAGAACCCGCCGACGAAGAUCUCGACUUCUCCGCGCGUCGUUCCCGUCUGCGCCGCUUGGUUCAUGCCCAAUGACCCCGAGGGUCGCAAGGGUAUCGACAUCUUCCGGAAGCACCGUAUCCCCCAGGCUCGCUUCUUUGACCUCGAUGCGAUCAAGGAUCCCGAGUCGCCGUACCCCCACAUGCUUCCCACCGCCGAGACGUUCGCCGAUGCGAUGGGAGAACUGGGCAUCCGCCGAGACGACGAGGUGGUGGUUUACGAUACGGAAGAGCUGGGAAUCUUCAGUGCGCCCCGCGUCGGAUGGACCUUGCGGGUCUUUGGACACCCUAAAGUCCACAUUCUGAACAACUACAGGCUAUGGGUUCGUGAAGGAUACCCGACCGAGACCGGCGAGCCUCAGCAGGUUGAACGAACCGCCUAUCCUCUACCGACCUACGACUCGAAGCUGGUGAUUCCCUACUUGGAAUUGAAAGAGAUUGCCAAGGAACACAGAAAAGAAGGGGCCAAGGAGGUGGAGAUCCUGGACGCACGAUCGUACGGCCGCUGGGCGGGAACCGAUCCUGAACCGCGCCCGGGACUAUCUUCAGGACAUAUCCCGGGGUCCAAGAGCCUGCCAUUUCAGGAAUUGCUGGACCCGGAGACGAAGACUUAUCGCUCGGGGCCCGAGUUACGCAAGGUCUUUGAAGAACGGGAGGUCGAUGCCUCCAAGUCGAUUAUCAGUUCUUGUGGCACCGGAGUCACGGCCAGCAUUAUUGAGACCGCACUCAAGGAAGCCGAAUACGGUGACCCCAGUCUUCGGAGAGUAUACGAUGGAAGCUGGACGGAAUGGGCACAGCGUGUCAAGCCGUCCGACGGUCUGAUUAAGAAGGUAACCUAA